AUGCGGAUUGCUCAGCGCCUACUCAUGGCCACACCGGCCUCGAUCGGUUCCAAGUCCAGUCUCAGCGAAGCUCUCGCGCUCCUCCCGCCUCUCCAACUGUACCGCCGCAUUCUGCGCGUCCACCGCAAACUCGACCCUGAGAUGCGCGUGUUGGGCGACUCUUAUGUCAAGAAUGAGUUCCGCGCACACAGAAGUGCGGAGAAUCCCUUUCACAUUAUCGGAUUCUUGACAGAGUGGCAGCUUUACGCGCAGAAGCUGGAGAGUAGCAAAUAUGAAGGAGAGAAGUUGGAUAAAUCCAAGCUGGAUAAAAUGAGUGAUCAGCAACUCGGACAGCUUCUUGAGCUAAUGGAGGCCCUCAAGAAGGACGGAGAAGGCCAAUAA